AUGCAGACCAAGGCGUCGGAGCCUAUUUCGCUGUGGAAGGGUGACAUCACGACGCUCAAGGCCACGGCCAUCGUCAACGCGGCCAACGCGGAGCUGCUGGGCUGCUUCCGGCCGUCGCACAAGUGCAUCGACAACGUGAUCCAGGCCCGCGUCUGCGAGCGGGCGCACGAAGAGCCUGUGGGCUACGCGCAGAUCACGCCGGGGUUCGCCCUACCGGCGGACUACGUUGUGCACACGGUGGGGCCUCAGUUGCAUCGCGGUUCAAUGCCGACUGCGACUGAGCGCGAGCAGCUUCAGUCGUGCUACACGCGGUCGCUGGACUUGCUGCUAAUGACGCUCGAUAAGGAGCCCAGAGAGCGCGUGUCGAUUGCAUUCCCGUGUAUUUCGACCGGGUUGAUCGCAUUCCCGAACGAACUGGCCGUGUCCUUGGCAGUGGACAGCGUAAUGGAGUGGCUGGUAGCCCACCGAGAGCAAACUAAGGGGUGGAAGGUGAUUUUCAACACCUUCCUGAAGCUCGACUACGACGAGUACAAGGCCUACAUUGAGAAAAACUCCCGUGGCUGCGUCGGUGGAGCGCGCGUAGUCAUUCAAGACGCGGACUACCUGUUGGUGUCCGCCGGAGCGGGUCUGUCAGCCUCAGCAGGACUCGACUUUCGGUCGGAAGCGGUCAUGAAGAUGUUCCACCCGACGGUGCGUAGGGCUAUACCGGGUUUUCGUACGCUCUACAACUUCAUCGCGUUCCGGGACUGGGACGAAGCGCUAAUGUGGGGGUUUUACUUCAAGAACGCCAGUAUGAUCUGGUUCGACUGGAUGCGCUACCGCACCAUCCAGGACAUCGUCGACCAGUUCGAACGUCGCGAGGAAGGCUCCUCGUUUGUCCAAACCACCAACGUGGACGGCCUCUUCCAGCAGGAAGGCUUCGACCGGAAGUCCGUCUUCGUGAUGCAGGGCGACUUCGGGCGCAUCCUGUGCGCCAAGCCGUGCUCGCAGGAGAGCGUGUGGGACAUCAAGCCGUUCAUGGACAAGGGACUCAAGAGCUUCAACCCGGCAACGUAUCGCAUCGAAGACCCCGCGGAUCUCCCCAAGUGUCCGAAGUGCGGCGGCCGCACGUCGGCAUUCCUGCGGGAAGACGACACUUUUAUAGACAGCGGCGUGGCAGAAGACCGAGCCAGGUACGAGCAAUGGCUGGAUCGAGUCAUGGAGCAAGUGCAGGACUAUGGCAAGAAACUCGUGAUUCUGGAGGUCGGUAUCGGGUUCAACACCCCCGGAGUGCUGCGUAUUCCGGACGAGCAGUUCGCGCUUCAGGACGGAGUGCAGCUAGUGCGCGUGAACCAGGAGAGCCCAGAUAUCCCCUUCCAGUGCCACGGCGUCGAAGUCCCCGAAGACGCGACUGACGUCCUCGACUACAUCGCACACCAGUCAAAAGUCGAUGAGCUCUUAGUUUCUGCAGAUCAGAACGAGAUACGUCGAGAGUUAAGUAGAAUUCUACCAUCGCGGAGGCAGGAGCUCGCCCUACGGAAGACCAGGUAA